CAUCGUGUCACAAUAGCAAGCACCUCGGGACUCAUAAUCUGGAUCAUAGGGUGGACAUCGAGAUCAAUCUUAACUUUGCCGAUUGAGCAGCAAACCGGACGAAGCUGAGAGAAGAAAGGGUAUUUCAAAGCGAACACGUCGUCCCUCCUGGUCUUCUCGCAACCAGAAAGAUCGACCGACUAGGCGCAGCAGAACAACCUUAGAACGAGGUAGAUCCCGUCAUAUACCCCUUGGCAGUCUGUUCCGACGGACCCGGGUAUACUCUGUUCCUUACAAAGAGCCAAAGAGAAUCGCGACUUCAAUACGUCGAUCAUCAUGUCGACGAAUCUCCCUCAAGAAGCAGUCCAGCUCACCACACAACUCCCUGCAAAGGGCGCCACGAUACCCAUGGAGAACGGAACGCUCUCCGUAAGACCCUACCGCUCGAGCUCGACCUCGAAGCUCAAAGCGCUCGUAUCGUACACACCGCGUUCCUCGGGACUCGACCGUACCAACGUCAAGGCCGCUUCGGACGAGUUUCGAGGGUUCUACUCGUUGUUCUGGAUCGGACUCGCCUUGCUCUUCGUCAGGACCAGUUAUGAUUCGUGGGAGACCAAUCGGACCAUCCUUUCGGGAACCUUCGGGCGGUUGAUCACCGGAGACGCUCUCGUCCUCGCUAUAAGUGACGCCAUCAUGGUCGGGAGCAUGUUCGUCUGCGUGCCAUUCGUCAAGGGGCUUGUCAACGGGUGGUACGGGUACUACUGGGUCGGAGUGGCCAUUCAGCACGCUUGGCAAUGCGUGUUCUUGGGGAUGGCCGUCUGGUGGGGGUUUCAUCGACAGUGGUAUUGGGUACAAUCAGGGUUCCUCGUGCUGCACGCCCUGUCCUCGAUGAUGAAGAUGCACUCGUAUUGCGCCCAUAAUGGGAUGCUCUCAGACAUUUACCGCACCCUGAAAAAGGAAGAAAGACGUCUCUCAGACUUGCUGGCCCGACAGCCGGAUGGGGGCGAGAAGAUCAGGCUCGAGGCGGACAAGAAUCGAGCUGAGCAGGCGGUCAAGGCCAAGGCCGCGGGAGGUGAAGAAGCUGGACCUCUAGCCGCUUUGAAGGAGGGAGGAACAGAUGGAGGAUUGAGCUCGAUACCUGGCACGCCGUUGCCGGUAGGGACCCCAGCGAUCCCUGCAGGCGCUACCGCCGUUUCGACCGGUUACAUUUCGCACUCGGACGUGCUCAGGCUGCGACUUGGAGCCAAGGGUAGGAUGCAGUCGAACGCAUCGACCUUGAGCGAAACCUCGAACGCGGACGAAUUGUCUGCGAUGUCCAGCGCGGUUGCUGCCGUCGGAGGUGGAGUCGGUGCUGAUACUUCGUCUGUUGUCGGCGCACGAUCGAGGGCUGGCAGUGUGGCUACGCAGAUCCCGCUCGGAACAUCGCUGGAACCCACACAUAGUGUUCCUGGAUCCACCUCGCGAAAGGAAAAACACCCUCUAAGCUAUUCGCCAGACCCGCUCGUCUCGACGCUUGCCUCGAACAUCGAUGCUAUGCGGGCGGAACUGACCUCGCAGGGAAGUGACGACACGACAACGGCCGGGAUCGAGGCGGGCGAAGGGGAAGCAAUCGUCUGGCCGGCGAACGUCGGUUGGAAAGAGUACUGGUUGUUCAUGUGCAUGCCCACGCUUUGCUAUCAGCUUAGCUACCCUAGGACGACCACCUUCCGUCCGCUCUACGUAGUGGAGAAGGUGUUUGCGACGUUUGGUGUCUUUUCGCUUAUCUACACGUUGACCGAGCAUUACAUCAUGCCCCAUAUUCCGAGACCGGGUGAACCCAUGUUGAGGGCGUAUGCCAAUCUGGCACUGCCAAUGGUCAUCAACUAUCUCUUGAUCUUUGAAUGCGUCUGCAACGCCUUUGCCGAGAUGACCUACUUCGCGGAUCGAGAAUUUUACCAGGACUGGUGGAACUCGACGACCUGGGACGAGUUCGCCCGCAAGUGGAACAAGCCUGUGCACACCUUUUUGUUGCGUCACGUGUACGCCUCGACGAUCACGACUUAUCGAUUGUCCAGGAUCUCUGCCACUUUCUUGACCUUUUUGUUGUCUGCGCUCUGCCACGAGCUGGUCAUGGCUGUCGUCUCCAAAAAGAUCAGGCCAUACCUCUUUGCCAUGCAGAUGGCUCAACUUCCGAUGAUCUACGUGGGCAAGCUGCCGAUCUUUAGACGGAACAAGACGGUCGGCAAUAUCGUGUUUUGGAUCGGUCUCAUGUCCGGAUUCCCCUUGCUCGCCAUCGCUUACCUGGUCUACUAGAUGGAAUGGGGUGCGAGCGAGAUCUGAACGACCCGUAGCACGAUCGUUGCAUCCGUUAUUCAUUCACUGUAUUGCAUUAGCACUUCUCCGCAUGAUCGUAUGAGCGUUUCUUCGUGAUGUUAUGGUGGACACCUUGCUUUGCGAGGCCGACGGGAUAUGCAAAAGACUCCUUGUAGAUGAAA